AAAAAUGUGUAAUUUUUAUUUAAAUGGAAAUUUUACUCAAAAUUUUCAAAAUUUUAUAUUUUAGUAUAUUUUUUUCAACUCUUUCUCCACUUGUAAAAUAUGGAAUUUCAAAGCAUACAAACACCGUCAUGCUCGAACUGGGUUCCCUUCCAGACAUGGACCAGAUGUUACCAAACGAGGAAUCUCCAAGCUUAUCGGACUAUUCUGAGCCGCUAGUUGCUAAGAAAACUACUUUGGAAAACUUUCCAAACCCGUUCAUGAACCCUAUUGAAUGUAACAGGGUUAAUGUGCAAGAGUCGUACGUUUGUGACCCAGACAAGGUUUUAAAUAACUCAGAGGCUGAUCGUUUAGACGAACUUUUGAGCCUAGAACGACUCAACUCUAUCCAUCACUGUGAAGGGUUUGGUGACGUCCCUUACAAGAUAGGAGUGGCGUUGAUAAAUCGAAUACCAAGAGAGGAUUUGAGCACUUUGGCAGAUGAGUUGUUAGACCGUUGGAAGUUAAGUCAUCAGAAAUGUGAAGAUGGAAUUAUUAUCGUAUACACUAAACAGGAUCCUGAUGUUGUUAUUAAGUGGAACAAAGGAGUUGAGCCUUAUUUGAGUACAAAAGUAGUGUCAUCAAUUUAUCCAAUGUGUCAAAAUCUAUUACAAAAUGAAAAAUUAGCAAUUGCAGUUGAAAAAUGCACAUCUUUCGUUACAAAGAGAGUCACUGGAGAGAUAUUACCACCAAAAGAAACUCCUCAAAUGUAGAACACACAUAAAAUCAACAAGUUUUUUUACACAUAAAAUUUAACAUAUACUAUACUAUUAUAUAUAUACUAUUAAGUUAUACUAACAGUGAGAUGUAUGCAGUAAAGGUGAUGGAAUAAUUUGUAUAGGUUAGUAACUUUGGUAAUAGCAAGUGUGGUAGGAUUGGGGUUUUUGGCGAUAGUAGUAUCAGCGCUUUCGGGAAUGUAACUUUUUCGACCCAACGCCAUUUUAUUGUUGGAGGU